GGCUGACUGAUUGACAGACCGGCAAAGAGAGAGGCAGCAGUGUUUCAAUUAAAGAGGGCAAUGCUGAGAGGUCAAACGAGGAGCCACAGAGCCUCUUGGUAGUCUGGAAAUACAAAGACACGUGAGGGGAAUCGUGGAGCUGAAGGUACGAUAACCAAGAGAGACAGAGAGAGGAGAAUGGUUCAUCACAGAGAGGAGGACCUGAUUGGGAUUCCUUUCCCGAAUCACAGCAGCGAUGUCCUCUGCAGCCUCAAUGAGCAGCGUCGUGAUGGGCUGCUCUGCGAUGUCAUCCUCAUCGUCCGUGACCAGGAGUACCCCACCCACCGCUCCGUUCUGGCUGCCUGCAGCCAGUACUUCAAGAAGCUCUUCACAGUGGCCACCACUGAUGGCGGGGAUCACCGUCACACAGCUGCCGUUUAUGAAAUCAACUUUGUGGCUCCGGAGUCUCUCACAGCCAUCCUGGAGUUUGCCUACACUUCUACUCUGACCGUGACGGCGUCCAACGUGAAAGAGAUCCUGAACGCAGCUCAGAUGCUGGAGAUUCCCUGCAUCAUCAACGUUUGCCUGGAGAUAAUGGACAGUGGGGGUGGAGGCGGCGGAGGCAGGAGAGAGGAGGAAGGAGAAGAGGAUGAAGAGGAAGAGGAGGAUGCGGAGGAAGAUGAGGAGGAGGAAGAAGAGGAAGAGGAUGAAGAGGAGGACGUGGGGUCGAGGAAGGACGAGCAGGAAGAAGAGGAGGACAACGUCAGCGAGAGGUCACUGCAGUCGUCGGAGAGCAGGGGGGAGCAGACGCGUCUGGAGACGGAGGAUUUGCCGCCUCCGAGCACCUCCACGUACCACCAGCAUUUUGACCUGCACAGAGAGUCGUCCCAGUCGCAGUCGCCGAGCAACAUCAGGGGAAAACAAGAAAGUAUGGAGAGUCGGGCUCUGAAGGAUUUCUCCAUCGAGUCUCUCCUCCAGGAAGGGCUGUAUCCCCGUAUGUCAACACUGGACCGGAGGGCCAACUUCUCUCCUCUCCUCCCAGGCUUCUACCCCUCCAUGUGGGCUGCUGAGUUCCCGGCCUUCCCCCAGCAGCUCCUGGACCCCAGCCACCAUCAGCAUCCCCAUGCAGGAGCUUCACCGCAAACCAGGCUCCCCCACACCUUCUCCACCUCUGCCCCAUUUGAGGCCCCCAGACCCCUAGAUCUAGCCGUGAAAAGAGAGAUCAUAAAGGAGGAGGUGAAAGAGGAAGUCCCGCCCAGUCUGCUCCACGGGGACUUCCUGAAGGAGUUUGUCAGCUCGGGCCUUGGCAGCGCCAUGAACGCUGGGUCAGUGCUAUCAGAAGGUCAUGCUCUGGGUCAGAUUAAGGAUGAAGCCGAAUUUCGGUCGUACCUGAGCUUCCUGAGCUCUGCAUCCCACCUGGGGGCGCUUUUCCCUCCCUGGCAGCUGGAGGAGGAGAGGAAGAUGAAGCCCAAAGCGUCACAGCAGUGCCCCAUCUGCAACAAGGUCAUCCAAGGAGCCGGGAAACUGCCACGACACAUGAGGACGCAUACAGGAGAGAAACCGUACAUGUGCACUAUCUGUGAAGUACGAUUCACCAGACAAGACAAACUUAAGAUCCACAUGAGGAAGCACACAGGUGAGCGCCCCUACAUCUGCCUCCACUGCAACUCCAAGUUUGUCCACAACUACGACCUGAAGAACCACCUGCGAAUCCACACGGGCGUCCGUCCGUACCAGUGCGAGCACUGCUACAAAAGUUUCACACGGUCCGACCACCUACAUCGACAUAUCAAGCGGCAGAGCUGCCGCAUCUCACGCCCCCGGCGAGGACGAAAGCCAGCUGCCUGGCGUUCCACACCCAGCAGCAACUUCCUGUGCCCCCCCACCGCAGCCACCAACCGGUUUGAGGAGAACGGUUUAAGCCCUGCGUACCAAGGAGUCAAGAGUCACGGACUUGGGGAGAUGCUCAGCCUUGGCAAUAGGGGUCUGGGAUUUAAGAGUGUGGAUGGUGCGGGCAGGGAGAGCAAGGAGGAACAGCGAGCAGAGGGGAAGCACGUCGGAGAGGAGGAGAAGGUAGGAGCAGGGAGGCAGAGGGGAGUGUUUGCCUUCGCUCUGGCUGGAGAAGAGGUGCUUACCCGCUCUCCAUUUUAUGCUGCGGCCUCUGACCCCUGGACCAUGAGACUGGAGCGUGCUCCACCCAUGUCUGAGCCGGCCAAAUGAACUCUGGUCUGUAGAAGGAGACAAAAGACAAGAAAGAAAAUCUCUUUAAUCUCUGUGUCUGUUCUGCUCUAGGAAGCUAAAGCACCUUUUUUUAAAAGUGAAAGAGUGAGAUCAGUGAACCUUUUGAAGCCUGCUGAUGUGGCAGUGGUAAAAUAGACUUUUUUUUUUCUUUUCUGGAAAACACAGUCUAAUUAAAUAAAUUCACAGAAGUCAUGCUAAAUAGGUUUUUUCAGCCCUGUGAAUGUUUACAAAUACUUUGAUAGCAUUUAAAAAAGGCAAACAAGGUUAUGCUAAUGAACAUAUCAGGAUAUUGUUAUAUAUGUUAUUUGCAUUUUCUUAUUUACAAGGGUUGUCUAAAAUGGUAUUAAUUCAAAAACUACCAAAUUCUACAAUGUCCUUCUAAGCAAGACAAGAUGAGGCUUUUAUAUUGAAAAGUAUUCUUAUGCAAGAAAAUGUAAUUCUACGGCCAGAGAAGGACCUAUUGUAGUUUGAAUUAAUGACUAUGAUGAAUGUCAAACAAAAGAUUACAUGUACAAACAUAAUACAAAAUGUAUUGUAGAAAAAGAUUAUUAUAACUGAAACGUUCUUCUUCUUCUCAUAAUGAACUGGGGAAGUGGACUAGUAAUAAUAGAGCAAAUACAAUUUUAAUAAAUAAGGAAGCCUUCAUCCAAAAAAUUCACAGUGAGCCCUAUUUUGGAUAGCCGUGUUCAGGUGUCAAAAGAGGGUGGUGUGUUUUUAAAAAAGCAUUAAAAACGGUUUGAUUACAGCAGGGUGUAGUCUGACAAGUGGCCUGCAAGUACGCUUGAUUCCAACGUAAUAUUCCACAACAACACUUGAAGUCUAAUGAAUCAGGAUAUUUGAUAAGGUGUUAUUAUCCUUCCACUGCCUUGUUCUGAUUUAAGCUUCUUGUCUGCACUAUUGUACAUAGACAAACUUUUGGCCAUGGUGGUAUUAAUUAUGGUUGCAUUGCUGAUGAUGUAAAAUAUAUAUAUAGUUCUUAAGAGACUUUGAGGCAUCCAUCCAAAGAUGUGUACUUUGAUAUUUCACAGACUUGAAUAAGACUUUGUUUUAAUGUUUAUGAAUAUGUGUCUUCAGAGGAUGUAUAUUUCUGACUAAGCAAACAGCCGCUUUAGCUUAUAUAGUAUGCUUGUGUUUUUUCUGCUGCAACAAAUCAAGCGGGUUUCGGGCCCAUUUUUCAUAUAAUGUUCAUCUCUCAUUUGUGUAUAAAGAAGUUCCAAAAUUAUUUGAAUUGAAAUGGGAAAGUAUUUUCUUGCUAUUUAUGUGUAUUUAAAUGAAUGAGCCUUGGCUAUAUUUUGCAAAUCU